AUGGUUGCUGUAUCGGAGAAUGUGACAUGCAAUUCCGAUGACCUGAGAGGAUUACGGGGUUUCAUGAGCGGAUUGGAAUCGCCAAUUGUCGGGUGGUGGCCUACGAAUUCGUCGUCUUUUCCCUCUUUUAAUUGCUGCAACUGGGUAGGCAUCACUUGCAAUUCCUCUUCUGGUAGGAUUGUUGCAUUAGAACUCCAAAAGAAAAGAUUAACUGGUAAUUUCUCCGAUUCGCUUUCUAAUUUAGAUCAGCUUCAAACCCUUAAUCUUUCACGCAAUUUCCUUAAAGGCCCUCUUCCAAUUUCCAUUUUUCAUCUUUCCCAUUUGAAAGUGCUUGAUUUGAGUUGUAAUCGGUUCAAUGGGGUUUUACCGGUUAACGUCAAUCUGCCUGCACUUGAAGAAUUAGACAUAUCUGAUAAUACCUUCAGGGGUUUCCUCCCUUCUGGUUUAUGUGUCAACUCCACCGGAAUUCGUGUUCUUAGAUUUGCUGUGAAUUACUUCAGCGGAACUAUUCCGCUUGAAUUCGAGAAUUGCACUUUCCUUCAACAUCUGUGCGUGGCUUCCAAUCUUCUUUCAGGGGAUAUACCGGAGUUCUUACUCAGAUUACCAAGAUUGCGGGAAUUAGCUCUUCAGGAUAACAGGUUCAUCGCCAUCAACGGAAUCGGUAAUUCCUUCAGUCAUCUGGUUCGUUUGGAUAUUUCAUCCAACAGGCUCUCAGGAAGUAUACCCGAUUUCUUCCGUAGCUUUCCAAAUUUAAGUUAUUUCUCAGCCCAUUCCAACAAUCUGUCCGGAGGAAUUCCCCCAUCGUUGUCAAAUUCACAGUCAAUUUCUUCCCUCAGUUUGAGAAACAAUUCUUUAAAUGGUUUAAUCGAUUUCAACUGUUCCUUGAUGGUUAAUCUUACCUCACUUGAUCUGGGCACAAAUCACUUUUCGGGUACAAUACCUGAUAACCUUGCAUCUUGCCAAAACUUAAAAGCUUUAAAUCUCGCCAGGAACAGACUCAUAGGCCAAGUCCCAGAAACUUUCAAGAAUUUUCCUUCUCUUUCUUACCUUUCACUUUCUAAUUGUAGUCUCACUAACCUCUCAAACUCUCUCAAAGUCCUCCAACACCUCCCAAAUCUGACCGUUUUGGUUCUCACCAUGAACUUCCAUACCGAAGAGCUCCCACCUGAUGAUCAUCUACAGUUCAAAGCACUCAAAGCUCUUGUAAUCGCCAAUUGCAGGCUCACAGGUAGCAUUCCGCCAUGGCUGAACGGUUUAUCACAGUUGCAGUUACUGGAUUUGUCAUGGAACCACUUGACGGGUUCAAUUCCGGCUUCUUUGGGUGAUUUUAGGUCUCUUUUUUACUUGGAUUUAUCAAACAAUUCCUUGUCGGGAGAGAUUCCCAAAAGUCUAGCGCAAUUACAGAGCCUGAUUUCACGAGAUAUUUCAUUAGAAGAACCCUCACCGGAUUUCCCGUUCUUCAAAAGAAGAAACAUGAGCUCUAGAGGAUCAGCGGUGCAGUACAAUCAGAUCAUGAGCUUUCCACCGUCAAUUGACCUAAGCAGCAACCUCCUCUCCGGCGAAAUACCCCCUGAAUUUGGCAACUUGAAAAAACUUCACGUUUUGGAUCUGAAACAGAACCAUUUAUCAGGUAGGAUUCCGAGUUCUUUAUCAGGGAUGAGAAUGGUGGAGACGCUUGAUUUGUCAUACAAUAAUCUCACCGGAACAAUCCCUCCAUCUUUGGUGAAUCUAAGUUUUUUAUCCAAAUUCAGUGUCGCUCACAAUAAUCUCAGGGGUUUUGUCCCUAAUGGAGGUCAAUUUUUAACGUUUACAAACUCAAGCUUUGAGGGAAAUCCCGGUUUAUGUGGGGAUGGGCGUGGAGUUUACACCUGUAACACUAGAAGACUCCCUGUAUCAUCGAUUAGAAAAUCAAAGAAAAAUAUCGGGAAAAUUGUUGGUAUGGCUAUUGGGAUUUGUUUCGGGACAUUAUUUCUUCUCGCUCUGAUGUUCAUGGUGGUUGUUCGUGUAACCAGUCGACAAGAAGUCGACCCAGAAAGAGACGAAGAAGAUGAAGACGAUGAUGGAAACAAAAACUUGGAAGAAUCAAAACUAGUUCUAUUCCACAACAACAAAUCAAUGUCAAUCGACGAUCUUCUGAAAUCAACCAACUCUUUCGAUCAAUCAAACAUAAUCGGAUGUGGCGGUUUCGGUCUCGUAUUCAAAGCCACACUUCCCGAUAACCGGAAAGUCGCCAUUAAACGUCUCUCCGGCGACUGUGGUCAAGUUGAUCGCGAGUUUCAGGCGGAAGUGGAAACCCUCUCGAGAGCACAACACCCGAAUCUUGUCCUCCUUCAAGGCUAUUGCAAACACAAAAACGAAAGACUUCUUAUAUACUCAUUCAUGGAAAACGGAAGCUUAGACUAUUGGCUACAUGAAAAACCAGAUGGCCGAUCAAUUCUUGACUGGAACACUCGCCGGAAAAUAGCUCAGGGAGCCAUUAGAGGCCUGGCGUAUCUCCACCAAUCUUGUGAUCCCCAUAUCCUUCAUCGUGAUAUUAAAUCAAGCAACAUUCUUCUAGAUGAAGAUUUUGAAGCCCAUUUAGCUGAUUUUGGUCUUGCAAGAUUGAUUCUACCUUAUGAUACUCAUGUAACGACUGAUCUUGUUGGGACAUUGGGAUACAUUCCACCUGAAUAUGGUCAAGCUUCUGUUGCGUCUUACAAAGGAGAUGUUUAUAGUUUUGGGGUUGUUCUUUUGGAGCUUUUGACAGGGAAGAGACCCAUGGAUAUGUGUAAGCCUAAAGGGAGUAGAGAUUUGAUUUCAUGGGUGAUGCAAAUGAAGAUGGAAAAAAGGGAGAGUGAAGUGAUUGAUUCGUUUAUUUUUAAUAAAGAUCAAGAUAAGGAGAUGUUAUUGGCUCUUGAGAUUGCAUGUGUUUGUUUAAAUGAAUCACCGAAGUUAAGGCCUUCGACUCAGGAGUUGCUUUCUUGGCUCGAUAAUCUUCAACUCAAAACACAGUAA